AUGACGAAGCCCAUCACGAUCCUUCUCGCAUUGACAGGUGUCCUGUUACCCAUUGCCGAGGCCAAGGCUUGUACUGAGGGUCUUGAGUACUGCGGCUACAACUUGCUGAAAAAAGGCAAGUUCCUCUCCUCUCACUCUUUGUGUGCUAUGCUGACUAUCAGAACAAAGGAAAUUACAUGCGCGAGAUAG